AUGAAUGCAAGUAUAUCUAUUCAGUGUGAAAAGUACUUCAGAAAUAAAUCACAGCUACUUGUGCACCAAAGAGUACAUGGAGGUGAAAACCCUUUUGAAUGCUCAGAGUGUGGAAACCGUUUCAGUGAGAGAGGGAAACUUCAGCUGCAUCUGACAAACCACACAGGGAAGAAACCUUUCAAAUGUUCAGCAUGCAGACAGAGAUUCAGUCGGAGAGGCCAUCUUCAACUUCAUCGAAGAACGCACACAGGGGAGAAGCCCUUUGAAUGCUCAGAGUGUGGAAACCGUUUCAGUGAGAGAGGGAAACUUCAGCUGCAUCUGACAAACCACACAGGGAAGAAACCUUUCAAAUGUUCAGCAUGCAGACAGAGAUUCAGUCGGAGAGGCCAUCUUCAACUUCAUCGAAGAACGCACACAGGGGAGAAGCCCUUUGAAUGCUCAGAGUGUGGAAACCGUUUCAGUGAGAGAGGGAAACUUCAGCUGCAUCUGACAAACCACACAGGGAAGAAACCUUUCAAAUGUUCAGCAUGCAGACAGAGAUUCAGUCGGAGAGGCCAUCUUCAACUUCAUCGAAGAACGCACACAGGGGAGAAGCCCUUUGAAUGCUCAGAGUGUGGAAACCGUUUCAGUGAGAGAGGGAAACUUCAGCUGCAUCUGACAAACCACACAGGGAAGAAACCUUUCAAAUGUUCACACCAAAGAGCCCACGCAGGGGAGAGACCUUUUGAAUGCUCAGAGUGUGGAAAGAGAUUCAGUGAUAGUGGCAAUCUUCAGAAGCACCAAAGAGCCCACGCAGGGGAGAGACCUUUUGAAUGCUCAGAGUGUGGAAAGAGAUUCAGUGAUAGUGGCAAUCUUCAGAAGCACCAAAGAGCCCACGCAGGGGAGAGACCUUUUGAAUGCUCAGAGUGUGGAAAGAGAUUCAGUGAUAGUGGCAAUCUUCAGAAGCACCAAAGAGCCCACGCAGGGGAGAGACCUUUUGAAUGCUCAGAGUGUGGAAAGAGAUUCAGUGAUAGUGGCAAUCUUCAGAAGCACCAAAGAGCCCACGCAGGGGAGAGACCUUUUGAAUGCUCAGAGUGUGGAAAGAGAUUCAGUGAUAGUGGCAAUCUUCAGAAGCACCAAAGAGCCCACGCAGGGGAGAGACCUUUUGAAUGCUCAGAGUGUGGAAAGAGAUUCAGUUAGAGUGGCCAUCUUCAAUUGCAUCAGAGAACCCACACGGAGGAGAAGCCUUUAGAAUGCUCAGAAUGCGGGAAGAGUUUCAGUGUGAGUAGCAGUCUUCAACGGCAUCAAAGAACCCACACAGAGGAGAAGCCUUUUUAAUGCUCAGAGUGCAUAAAGACAUUCAGGUGUGGAAAGAGAUUCAGUCAGAGUUGCCAUCUUCAACGGCAUCAGAGAACCCACACAGGUGAGAAACCUUUUGAAUGCUCAGAGUGCAGAAAGACAUUCAGUGACAGGGGCAAAGUUCAAUUGCAUCAGAGAACCCACACAGGGGAGAAGCCUUUAGAAUGUUCAGAGUGCAGAAAGACAUUCAGUGACAGGGGCAAAGUUCAAUUGCAUCAGAGAACCCACACAGGUGAGAAACCUUUUGAAUGCUCAGAGUGUGGAAAGCAAUUCAGUCAGGGUGGAACUCGUCACCGGCACCGAAGAACCCACACAGGGGAGAAACCUUUUGAAUGCUCAGAGUGUGGAAAGCAAUUCAGUCAGGGUGGAACUCGUCACCGGCACCGAAGAACCCACACAGGGGAGAAACCUUUUGAAUGCUCAGAUUGUGGUAAAAGAUUAAGUCACCGUAGCACUCUUCAGCUGCUUCGAAGAACCCACACAAGGGAAAAGCCUUUUGAAUGUUCAGAGUGUGGAAAGAGAUUCAGUCAGAGUGGCCAUCUUCAACAGCAUCAGAGGACCCACACAGGGGAGAAGCCCUUAGAAUGCUUAGAGUGCGGAAAGAGAUUCAGUGUGAGUGGCAGUCUUCAACUGCAUCAGAGAACCCACACAGGGGAGAAGCCUUUAGAAUGCUCAGAGUGCGGAAAGAGAUUCAGUGUGAGUGGCAGUCUUCAACUGCAUCAGAGAACCCACACAGGGGAGAAGCCUUUAGAAUGCUCAGAGUGCAGAAAGACAUUAAGUGUGAGUAGCAGUCUUCAAUGGCAUCAAAGAACCCACACAGGGGAGAAGCCUUUUGAA